UAGAAAGUUAUACAUUUUUAAGACUUUUGUUAGUAUAAAAAAUAGAUUGUGAGAUCGAUGAUCCAGUUCCAGUUCUUUGCAAAAAUUUGGAAUGUGGCCCAUAUGAAAACAAUGCCACUCCACUUCUUUAAAUCAAGUUUGUCACGUACUGAAAUGAGAAUGGAAAGAAUAUCGUUAGCAGCUAUCGGGUUUUCCUGUGGGCCACCCGAGAAAAGAAGGAAAAUACUGUAACGUUCAUUCACAUCCCACAAAGAUGGGAUAAACAUUGGUGUUGGCCUAUUGGAUAAGGAUUCGUGUCUCGCAAUUGUUAAUUAUAUUUCCUUAAGUAACCUACAUACGAAAAUAUUCGGUAUUCUCACAAUAGUUUUAACUUAAUUCGAAGACGUUUCCAGAAUCAAAGGCGGGAAGAGAAAUGGUGUGGUGGUCAAUCCGUUAUAAAGCUCGUUUUGUUAUUUCAUCUAUGGCAGCUCUAAGAACUUCCACCGUCUAUGGUGACUCUUUUCAGUGCUCACGCUUCUCUGUUCUUACCAACUCCUUCACUGGUUUUCCCAGAACAUGUUCUGGUUUAAACACAACGGGAUUUGCAAAAGUUUAUGAUAACCAACCGGGAUUAAUACCUUCGUUGAAGAGAAACCCAUUUUUGAAACUAGAGGCUUCUAGCUCUGUGACCUCUGUCCAAGCACGCAUUCAAGAAGGUACGAGCUAUGAAGAGCAAAACCUGGCCAAAACUUUUGCUGGGCGAGACUUUUUUGAAGAGAUGGAACAGAGGUUUCUAAGCUUUAAGAAGCACAAAUAUUUGAAAGAGUUGGAGCAUUUUCGAACUCUUGCACAAGCUCAAUCACCAAAGUUUAUGGUGAUUGCGUGUGCAGACUCUAGGAUAUGCCCCUCUAACAUCCUUGGAUUUCAACCUGGAGAAACCUUUAUGAUUAGAAAUGUUGCUAAUCUUAUUCCCCCAAUUCAGAUUGGACCUUCAGAAACUAAUGCCGCCCUCCAGUUUGCUGUAAAUACGCUUGAGGUUGAGGAAAUAUUAGUCAUUGGCCACAGCGACUGUGGAGGAAUUCAAGCCCUCAUGACCAUGAAAGAGGAUGACUCAAGUAACUUAACUGAAAAAUGGGUUGUUAAUGCGAAAGUUGCCAAAUUGAGAACAAAAGCCGAUGCAGCUCAUCUUAGCUUUGAACAACAAUGCAGGUACUGUGAGAAGGAAUCAAUCAAUCGUUCGCUACUUAACUUGCUUACAUAUCCAUGGAUAGAAGACAGAGUGAAGAAAGAGUUAUUAUCUCUUCAUGGAGGAUACUAUGAUCUUUUCAAUUGUACAUUUGAGAAGUGGACACUUGAUUACAGGGAAAGCAGCAUUGAUGAAGAAGGUGGUAGAUACACCAUCAAAGACCGAUCAUUUUGGUGCUGAACUGUUUCAUUCUUUGUCAUUCACAAAGAUUGUUCUGCAACCAAUUACUAAGUACAAAAUGCAACCAUCUCUGACUGUAAAUUAAUAUAAUUAAUACACUAUAAUUAUUUAAUCCAA